CGCACGCCUCUCAAAACCUUUCAACAUUUUCACACGCUUUCACCAUCUUAGCACGCCUAAUUCCUCUCUCAAAAUUCCAUCUCUCUUAACACUAUUCUUCAAGAAUUCUCAAAUAGUUCCAUUCAAAUCUUAAUUUUUAGCACUCAAAUCUUUAAAUCUUGCAAUAAACAAACCGUACAAUGUCUAAAAGAAGCAACGAAACCCCAAGAAAAAGUAGAAGAUUGAAUGAAGAAGCAAGUUCAGACGAUUUUCAUGCUCCAUCUUUCAAAAUUUUAUCACAAACACAAAAUCCAAAGGAAAAUGAGAAGAAGAGAAAAGGGAAAGAAAAGAAAAGAGAAGAUGAAUCCGAGAAAACGACUAAAGAAAGAGGAAAGAAAAGGAAAGGAAAAGAAAUCAAGGAAUCAACUGAGUCUGAAUCUGAUUUUGUGGAAGAGUUGAUAAAAUCAAAAUCCAAAAAACCAAGAGCAGAAGAAGAAGAAACUGAUAAACCCAAAAAAAGUUCAAAGGAGAAGAAGACACAAACACAUCUGUCUUCAUGUAUUAACAUGAAUGUGUUUGCGGAUUUAUUGACCUUUUUAGGUCAAGAUAAGUUUCAACAAUUCAUAGAUGAAACACCUUUUGGAUUUUUUUAUAAUUUGCAUCACAUUAAAAUCCAAUGUCAAUUGUUGAGGCACUUAUUUAUAAUGGGGAAUGAAAAUGUUAGGGAUGACAUGUUUGUCAUUAAAGUAAAUGGUAAGGAGUUACAUUUUGGUCUAAAAGAGUUUGUUGCUAUAACUGGUUUGAAAUGUGGACCUGUUUCUGAUUUUGUUUCAGAUCCACAUGUUCAAAAUAGACUCAUUGCUGAAAAUUUUGGAGAUUUUAAUAAAGUAUCCAAGUCUGAUUUUUAUUACAAGUUUAAAUUGCAUAAUUUUUGGGAAGAAGAUGAUAAACUAAAAAUCGGGAUCCUGUACUUUAUUUCUUCAUUUCUCACUGCAUCAGACCCUUCAAAGACAACAAUUCCAAAAUUGUAUUUUGAUUUGGUAGAGUCUGGACAGUAUGCCACUUUCCCUUGGGCAAAUGAGUGUUUUAAUUUAACACUCAAAGCUUGCAAUAAAAAAUUCAAAAAAAAUCCAUCGUCAUUCAAAUUCAGCCAGUUCCACAUAGCACUGCAGAUAUGGUUUUAUGAGUGUUGUCAUCCAUUUGACAACACCAUUGCUAUACGUGUUUCAAAUCGCACACCGAGAAUACUGAACUGGAAGACACCGAAUGACGUCAUUUUUUUUGACGAUUUGAAGAAAACAAUUUUCAGAACUCAUGGGAAUCAGCAUAAAUUCAAAAAUAUUGUCUUAUCGGAAGAAGAGUUAAAUCUAAUGGACGAAACCAUUAUAAAUCAGUCCAGCAGCCACCAGGAUUCAGAAAAUCCAAGAUCAUCGGAAAAUCAUGUUGUUCACAGUGAACAUAAAGUUCAAGAAUUGAGAGCCGAUAUUGCAGAGGUUAAGACAGAGUUGAAAGAACUCAAAAUCACUGUUCACAAGCACAUGGCUGAUAUCAAGAUAUAUGUUGAUAACUCCACCAAAAUGAUAAUUGAUGAGAUUCGAUUGUCAAGAGGAGAACAAAUACCCGAAGAACAACCAGAGGAAAACGUCAACCAGCAUGCUGCACAAUAUGAUCCAAUAGACAUGCCUACAGAGAAAAUUCCACAACAAGUCCAAAGUUCAAACACAGGUGCUCAAAAAUCAACGGAUGAUUGUUUAAAUGUUGAUGCAUCUACAGCGUCAAAAUCAAAACCACCAACAUUGGACGAUUAUCCAGAUUUUACCAUGACACAAAUAAUUGCCCUGGAUCCUAUUCUUAAUGCCACCACGACUCCAAAUCUGCGAACAAGAAACAAGAAUGUGGAUAAAUACGACUCUUCUCCUUAUAUCAGAAUGUCGGAAGGAGAAAGCAGUUCAAAUAGAGUACCUACAUUCUUUCAAAUCAAACAUCCAUUUCAAAAUCACAAUGGAUUUGAUGUACCAGACGAAAUGAUUGAGGAGUUCAAUAAAUGGAUUUUCAAAGAUGUGUCGAGCAGACGUGGCAGCAGCCAGGCAAGGACGACCGCAGCAGCGACCAGUGCCUCCCAUCAGCAACCAAGCAGCCGCCGGCUGAUAGCAGCAACACGCAACCGGCAACACAGGCAUCAACUUCAACCAACAGCAGAAGCGAUGGAGGUUGCUCUGACCGGCUUUCUCCGUUCAGCCAUCGGCGAAACAACAAGCAACAGCUUCAACAGCAACCUCGGCGAAGCAAAUGAAGAAAGAAGAUUUCCAGGCAAGAUAAAGUACUUGACAGAUCUUUUCAGAUCGUCCCGGUUUGUUUUCUCGUUCAAAUUACCAUUUUAA